AUGAACAAAAGGAAAGUUUCCACAGAGAGGAAUACUGCUGCCAAAGAUUCUACUCGACGACCUAGCAUAUCUAGUAUUCAAACACGAGUCACAAAUAUUCCUCAAAGGAGACGUUCUCGAUCAGGAAAAUCAUCUUCGCCGGAGGCAAACCUAAUUCAAGCCACAAUGACAAUGCUUGCAACUGGAGAUAACAAGGUUGCUCCCCCAAAAACAAUAUUCAAUUCUCAAGAUAAAUCCAAAGAAUUACAAUCGAGUUCAUCACCACGAUUGAAAAGCUUUCCAGCUGAAAAAAUUCGCAAAUACGACAAUUCAGCAUUGUUUAAUAAUAAAUUGAUAAGGGGUAUGGUCAAUCAACAAAAUUCUGAACGUUCGGCUACAUUAUACAUACCAGAUUCUACAGGUCAUAAUUACGAGUACGGUGAUCAGAUUAAUGGGAUACAUAAUGGACAUCAAAAUCAGUCACAGACGUCGGAAAAUAUGUGCCAACAACAAAUUUCCAUGAACUAUUCGAUGCAUCAGCCAAUUCCACAAUCAAACGGUGCUUUAACUUAUCGGGUACAUGAUCCAGAUAAACAUCGGCCAAACGUACCGCAUGGACAUCAAUCGCACGUAACUGCCGUGGGUGCACCUAACUCGUUGGCUUAUGUUCACAAUGGUCAAACACCUGUAGCUCGAUUUUCUACACCGGUGACACAAUUACAUCCUCAACAAUCACAAAGAAUAUCUAACGAAAUUACGAAUAUACAGAAAGAAAACAAUUGGGUAAACGAUGAACUUCCUCAAAUUGUUGAUCUAGAGAAACAACCUGUUGGUGGAAGAAAUUUAAUGUUACAUAGACAAGCAGUGAUGCAAGAGAGACAACAACAACAACAACAGCAGCAGCAACAACAACAGCAGCAACAACAACGACAUCAACAACAACAACAACAGCAACAACAACAUAUGCAAACACGAUCCCAUCCAACAAUGUUUCCUAACGUGACGAAUCAACAGAUCGAUCGUCCUAUGUCUGUACCACCUUUUCACAAUAUUCAAUCCUCUCAAGCAAAUUCUUCGCCUGUUUUAACGCAUGAACAUCCUCAGCAAAUUUAUCAACAACUUCAAAACAAUAUAGCUCAUCAACAACAAAUGCAACAACGGGCGUUUAAUCAGCAAUUCCAAAUGAUGUCAGGACAUCAAACACAACAUUCAGCACAUGCUAAUCAAGAUUAUUAUAAUUAUUUUCCUCAACAGUUGUCGGAAAGAACAUCGUUCCCUUAUGGAAUGACUUCGCCUCAAGAUGCAAACGUAAAUCAAACGAAAAGUGCUCUAAACCCUAUGGUAUCGAUGCAACAAAGACAACAAUUAAGUAAUCAGCAUAAUGAAGCAGUACCGAAUAGUAAAAUGUUAAUUGAUAAUCCAAAUAUAAAAUCUCAAAUCAAGCCAUACACCAUCAACCUAGUUGACAAUACCAAAUCGCAAAACGUUACAUAUGGUCACCAUUAUGGUCAAAAUCAUGGUCAAGUAUCCCAAAUGUAUCGACCAACGAUUCAAGGACAACAAUUUUUAAAUCAUUUCCAACAGAAUAUGAUGCCUCCAAAUCAUGUUCCUCAGCAAGUAAUCACAACUGAAAUGCCUACAAAUCUUGAAAGAAACAGUUUGAAAUUUACACCGAAAAUGAUUCGAGAUCAAGAGCUCUUGAUAACAACUAUGAAACAACAAGGUAUAUCCGAAGAAUUAAUGCGAAGGCAGUUCGAUAAUUUACUAAAGGAACAACGCAGACAACUCGAAUAUCUUCAACAAUUUAAUCAAGAGGAUGAUUAUCCUGAUAAAAAAAAGCAAGAGAUACGUAAAAAGAUACAGAUAGACGAGAAACCUGAAUGGAUGGCUCAUAUAACGCCACCACAUAUUCCUUACAGUGAUUUAGAAAAAUUAAACGCCAAAAUUCGAGAACAAAACUUAAUUUCAUCUCAACAGCAAUUUAACGAGAAUCAGCUAGUGGAUUUCAAUAAACUGCAACAAAAUGGGAAUAAUCCAUCCAAAAUGGUGCCAUCGUUAUCACAGAUUAAUGAUCAGUCUCAACCAAAUGCGUAUCAACUCUGGCAACAACAAAUGGGAGUUCCAACAGGAACAGUAAUACCACAAUAUACAUACGGAUCAUCCGAGCCUUAUCGUCACCAAAUUCAACAACCAUAUCAACAACCAUAUCAACAACAGUAUCACCAAGUACCAGAACAAGUUUCAUGGCAACCUGAUCAGCUACGAAACGAAGAAGAUUCCCGUCUUUUCAAGAAAGCCUUUAGUCUGAACGAUUUGAAUAUGAGAAAUAUCGAACCAUCGAGUUUAUUGAAACUAAGAUUAUACAAAGAUGUGAUCCGCCCUCAGAAACGUAAUAACGGCUUGCAAAAUCCAGAUACGAUCCAGAAAGCUUUGGAGAUCUUAAAUAAUCCAGAAAGUCAGAAAGGUCUUGAAUAUCUCACAAAUCUUAACAGAAAGAAUUUACAAACUAAACUGAAUGGUAUGCAAGAUCCGAAUGAAACGACACCAAAUUUAAUAUCAAAACCACCCUUCAAUAAUUCUAAUUCGAUGUCGCAAAGAGCUAUCUCAGCAAAUGGUCUAGAAAAUAAAAGAAACCCUAAUAAUCCACUUCCCCAACCGUUAACAUAUUUAAAAAGAUCUGAAAUUGGAACGGCUGGGAAUGAAUACCCAAAACAGAAACAGUAUAAUCCACGAAAUCGUUAUAGUUUGAUGGCUGAAAGAGAAGACGGGACAGUAGCUCCAACCGUACAAUAUCAGCUGCCUUAUUCAGAUCAACAGUUAAAUCACCAACAACAACAAAAUUAUCAGAAAUUAAUUCCUUAUAAUGAAAAAAAUCCAUUAUCGGUAUUGAACAAGCAAAUGUCUUACAAAUUUGAUGGUUCCGGUAAUCCAGAUUAUUAUCAGCAGUUACAACAAUUCUAUCAGAAUAAACAAAAUGUGAUUAGUAACAACGGACAAGGAGAUGUACUUAACCUACAUAAACCAAAUACAGCCAAUAUAGCAUACCUCGAUUGUCCUGGUGGCGACACAGCAGAUUUAUCGUAUUCCAGAGAGAACGGACAGAUACAGAAUAAGAUGGCACCAUUUGGCGCAUCUCAAAGAUUGAACGGAACCUACAAUUCGCCAGAUAUUCGAGAAGCCAAAACUAUUGGGGGUGUCACGUACCUUGCCAGAAAACCGAACUAUAUACCAAACCAACCAAUGAUACCUGAGAACACUUUGACUGCUAAUAAAUAUAUACAACCAGCUAUAAUUCCAUCAUGUUCACCUAUACCUUGUGGUCCAUGGGGUCCUUGUGAUGGAAGUAAAUUCGUUACUGUAAUUUGUACGAGUAAACCAAAACCCUGUCCACCUCCACCAAGUAUAUAUUGUGUUCCACCUCCGCCUCCUUGUCCACCACCUUGCCCACCCCUCCCACCGAUUUGCGGUAUCUACGAACAAGCCAUCCGUAAACCUCGAUUACCCUGCCCACCUCCGUGUCCACCGAGAUACCUUGAGUUCGGUCAUCCACCUUUACCACCCUGUCCACCACCCUGUCCUGCAAGAAGAACACCCUGGCCUAUAUGUUUACCCUGUAAUCCCUGUGUGUGA